AUUCCAUACCGGAUGGACAGACACCGCACACGGUCACGUUGUGUAUGUAUGAUGAUCUUGUUGACAUUUCUAGACCCGGAGACAAACUCGAAAUUACUGGCGUCUUCCGGUCAACACCGAUCAGAGUCAAUCCGCGCCAUAGAAACGUCAAGUCGUUAUUCAAGACAUAUAUCGACGUGGUACAUAUUCGCAAAUCGGAUAAACGUAGAAUCGCUGCCGAUAGGAUAUCUCUUGAAGAUACAGAUGUGACGUAUGACGAAAGCGAUGAAAUACACACUGUUGCUGAGGGGGAUGAGGCUCGACUAAUCGAGUUGUCUCGUCGAUCUGAUUUGUAUGAACUGUUGUCACGAUCAUUGGCUCCUAGUAUCUAUGAAAUGGAUGAUGUGAAGAAGGGCAUAUUAUUACAACUAUUUGGUGGGCACAAUAAAGUAUUUAGAAGGACGGCAGCACCACGAUAUAGAGGUGAUAUUAACAUAUUAUUGGUGGGCGACCCUGGCACGAGUAAAUCACAGUUGUUGCAGUAUGUGCAUAAGAUUGCAUCACGUGGUGUAUAUACGUCUGGUAAAGGAUCUUCAGCUGUGGGAUUGACAGCAUAUGUUUCACGUGAUCCGGAUACUAGGCAACUGGUAUUAGAAAGUGGUGCAUUGGUGCUCAGCGAUGGCGGCGUCUGUUGUAUUGAUGAAUUCGAUAAAAUGUCUGAAGCAACUAGAUCGGUACUUCAUGAGGUUAUGGAACAACAAACCGUGUCCGUUGCUAAAGCUGGUAUAAUCACGACUCUGAAUGCCCGAACGUCAAUACUUGCAUCGGCCAAUCCAAUACACUCAAAAUAUAAUCCAAAACUAUCUAUCGUUGAAAAUAUCCAAUUGCCACCCACACUCAUGUCGAGAUUUGAUCUUAUUUACUUGGUUCUCGACAAAGUGGAUGAGAAUUCGGAUAAGCAGCUUGCAAAGCACAUAGUGUCCCUAUAUGUUGAGGACUCACCACAAACAGAUGAAAGCAGAUUUGUGUCUAUUGAGACAUUGACAAAGUACAUAGCAUAUGCUCGCAAACACUGCAAACCAAAACUCCGUGUUGACAAUAAUGAAGCCUACCAAGCGCUCGUUGACGCGUAUGUUUCAAUGAGGAAAUUAGGUGAAAAUCCGCGCACUAGCGAAAAGAUUAUUACGGCGACGACAAGACAGCUCGAAUCUAUGAUCCGAUUAUCAGAAGCUCACGCGCGAAUGAAGUUGGCAGAAUAUGUCGAAUUGGAAGAUGUCCAGGAGGCCGCGCGAUUACUACGUGAAGCUAUCAAACAAUACGCGUGGGACCCGGAGACCGGCAAGAUAGACAUGGAUCUGAUAAAUACUGGACAAGGUACUCACGAAAGACGCAUAUUGGAAGACAUAGGGAAUGCUUUGCAAGAACUGCUCAGGAAGAAAGGUGCAGCACGCGCACCGUGGAGAACUCUAUUACGCGAAUUGAACGAACAAUCCGAUUUGGAAAUCACUGAGAGACAGUUCGAGACUGCCGCGAGAACUUUAGAGCAACAGGGUGUUCUUAAGAUCACUGGUAAUGGAGCUGAGCGUACUAUCACCCACUAG